AUGUUGAAAAUACUCAUACGAGCCACUUGUUCACAAGCAACACAACCAACCAAGCAUUCAAAGAUGGCUGUCGACGCUCAAAAGCUUGUGGUGGUCAUCCUGAUCGUGGCCAUCCCCUUGUUGUUAAAACUCUUUAGCGGGCAAAAGCCCAAGGCUGUGCUAGACCCCAAGCGGGGCGAGUUCCAGGCAUUCCCACUAGUAGAGAAGACCAUCUUGACGCACAACACUUCGUUGUACAAGUUUGGUUUGCCCCACGCUGACGACGUUCUCGGAUUACCGAUCGGACAGCAUAUUGUGAUCAAGGCCAACAUCAAUGGUAAGGAUAUUUCUAGAUCGUAUACGCCCACUUCGUUGGACGAGGACACCAAGGGAAGCUUUGAGCUACUAGUCAAGUCAUACCCCACAGGGAACGUUUCGAAGGUGAUCGGCGAGUUGCAGAUAGGUGAUUCGAUUGAGAUCAAGGGCCCCCGUGGGAACUACCACUACGAGAGAAACUGUCGUUCCCAUCUGGGGAUGGUUGCGGGCGGUACUGGUAUUUCACCCAUGUACCAAAUCAUGAAGGCCAUUGCUAUGGACCCCCGCGACACCACCAAGGUCUCCCUCGUUUUCGGUAACGUCCACGAGGAGGAUAUUUUGUUGAAGAAGGAACUAGAGGCGUUGGUGGCCAUGAAGCCUUCCCAGCUUAAAAUUGUUCAUUACUUGGACUCGCCAGACCGUGAAGACUGGACCGGUGGCGUCGGGUACAUCACUAAAGAUGUCAUCAAGGAGCAUUUGCCUGCUGCCACUGAGGACAACGUUCAAAUCUUGAUCUGUGGUCCUCCCGCAAUGGUGGCUUCCGUUAGAAGAAGCGUUGUUGACUUGGGAUUCAGACGUUCCAAGCCACUUUCCAAGAUGGAAGACCAAGUGUUCGUGUUCUAG